AUGCGCCCAAGCCGCUUCGGCAUCUCCCAGCCGGCUUUUCUUGGGGACACUUCCUUCGCUGCACAGCCGCCAGCAGCACCUCGAAACGUCUCUGCUGGUCCUUCAGUUUCUAAGCCGCUGAAGCCACAAGGGCUGCCUGACGAGCGUCUCUGGGCCGAGAUCCCAGAUCUGCCGUGCACGACACGCAUGCAGCCUUCAGUAAGACACAACACGUGGCGGGACACUGGGGCCCAGGCUCCAUCCCUCGUCGUAGGAGAGUUGGUGGGUCACACGGAGAGGGUCUCCGGCUUCACGUUUUCUCAGCACCCGGGGCAGUACCACCUCUGUGCCACUAGCUCCGACGACGGGACCGUGAAAAUCUGGGACGUGGAGACCAAAACGGUGGUGACCGAGCACGCCCUCCACCAGCACACCAUCUCCGCGCUGCACUGGUCUCCGCGGGUGAGGGACUUGAUCGUGUCCGGAGACGAAAAGGGGGUCGUGUUCUGCUACUGGCUUCACAGAAACGACAGCCAGUACCUCUUUGUAGAACCCAGGACGAUUUUCUGCCUUACUUGUUCACCUCAUCAUGACGACUGGGUCGCAGUCGGCUACAAGGAUGGCAUCGUGGUUAUCAUCGACCUCAGUAAGAAGGGGGACGUGAUCCACAGGUUCCGGGGCCACGACGACGAGGUCCACUCCAUAGCCUGGUGCCCCCUGCCCGGGGAGGACUGCUUGUCCAUACAUCAGGAGGACAGCCCAGACGAGCCGGAGGGCCCCCAGGGCACAGCCGCGGCGCCGGGCCCCGGCUGCUACCUGGCCACGGGCAGCAGAGACCAGACCAUCCGCCUGUGGAGCUGCUCGCGUGGCCGCGGGGUGACGGUCCUGAGGCUGCCCUUCCUGAGGAGAAGAGGCGGCGUCGACCCGGCCGUGAGGGAGCGCCUCUGGCUGGCGCUGCACUGGCCCGAGGACCGGCCGACGCAGCUGGUGUCCAGCUGCUUCGGGGGCGAGCUGCUGCUGUGGGACCUGGCGCAGCCCUGGCGGCGGAGGCACACGCUCUUCAGCGCGGCCGCGGAGGGCCAGAACCACUCCCGCAUCGUGUUCAACCUGUGUCCUCUGCGCACCGAGGACGGCCAGCAGCUGCUGCUGUCCACCUCCAUGGACAGAGACAUCAAGUGCUGGGACAUGGCCACGCUGGCGUGCUGCUGGACGCUGCCCUCCCUCGGGGGCUUCGCCUACAGCCUGGCCUUCUCGCCCGUGGACGCCGGCUGCUUGGCCGUGGGCGUGGGGGACGGCACGAUCCGCGUCUGGAACACGCUGUCCAUAAAGAACAACUACGACGUGAAGCAUUUCUGGCAGGGCGUCAAGGCCAAGGUCACCGCGCUGUGCUGGCACCCGGCCAAGGAGGGCUGCCUGGCCUUCGGGACGGACGACGGGAAGGUGGGGCUGUACGACACCUACGCCGGCAGGUGA